CGCACAGCUCCACUCCCGCGGCUUCCCUCUCCACGAUCUCCACUUCUCCACCUUGAAUGCGCUGGAGUUCCCCUCCCGCACUUUGCCGACGCCAGAGACAUCCGCAACCGCAAGCGCCCCUUCCUCCUUCCUUCAUCAGGAGCCGGAGGACCUCGCCGUCCACCACCUCCCCUACUCCCUUCCUCCAUCAGCGUGGCGUCGGCGACCUGUCUCGGUCGAGCAUCAGCCGAGAAGGAGCAGGUGAGCGGGCAUCAGCCGAGCGGAGCGAGCAGGAGCCGGAGGACCUCGCCAUCCACAACCUCCCCUCCUCCCUUCCUCCAUCGGCGUCGGUGAGGGGUGCUUGUCGCUUGCGGACUGUGCACGCCACCACAAGCCGGGACUGUGGGCGCCACCGCAAGCAGUCUCUGCUGCGCGUGGAGGACAACCUUGCCGGCGAGCGAGGAGGAACGCGAGGACUCAGACGCACCGCCACGUCUGGUCUGCUCCUACCCCCCAAUUCUCUGAUCCUAAAUUGUUUCCCUCACCUGCCUGUCCUCUAUGGAAGACAUGAGGUUCUGUUCAUGUGCUUACUUUGAUUAUACUGUUUAGCUAGAUCCUCACCGUUUAAAUGGAUUGUAAGUCUGUGAUCAAUAGC